AUGGAUUUACAACAUCGUUCUGUCACUAUUCAAUCAAUUCAAAAAGUAACUGAAAUAAUUAUUGCAAAUCCUGGAGCCGCAAAAUCAUACCCAAAAGGCAAAAAUGAACCUUCACCUUUGGAUAAACUCUGGAAUUUUGUUAAAUCGGAAUCUGGAAUCAUAUCAUCAAAUGCUGUUAACAAAUUAGUUGAACUUGUUCAAAAGGGAAUUGUUAAUUGGAUUGAUGCUCUUAACGGAUUGACAGAUGCACUAUCAACUCUUUCAGGAAUUUCACUUGAUAAUGCUAUAAUAGGUAUAACUGAAAUAUUAUCAAAUCAAGCGUACAUAGGUGAAUAUUAUUUUAAUCAUGGGAGGCAUCCUUUUAUCAUUGCGACGACAAUUAAGCCUGAACAAACAUUCUGUGUAUAUGGAAAAUUUAUUGAAUAUGAUGAAGCCAUUUUUUUUGAUCAUAUUUUGUUAGAUGGAAUGAAAGAAAAUAUUGAAUUUCAAAAGUAUUGGUCUUCAGUAUUAAUGCAAUUCUUAAUUCGUUUGAUAUAUCAAGAUACCGAUGAUAAGUUUUACUGGACCUUUAAAGAACCUUUAUUAGAAUAUUUACUCUCAGUUGUUCAAAGAGUACCAUUAACACCUAUUUUUACUAACUCUACAAAAAACUUUAUCACAUCUAACUCUAUAUACAUUCUUAUACAAUCUCUUGUUCAAAUUGUGGGAGUAAAUUUUAUUCGAAAUGGUUUGAAUGAAGCAUUUUUACAAAAAUUUAACAAUAAUCUUGGAACUCAAAUUUUGGCACUUGCUUGCGAUGCACAACAUGCUAAUUUAUCAACAAACCAUUAUAUUUCGUUAUUUCACAAAAUAUCAAUACCUCAAG